AUGCGGCGCGCCUCCCCGUACUCGUACGCCGUCUUCGAGCGCCUCGUCCAGGAGCACUUCCCAUUCCGUCGCCGCCUCUUCCAGUUGCACGCGCUGCUCCUCACCUCCGGCGUGCUGCUCCUUGACCUUGACCCCGACGCUCCUCCCUCCGCCGCCUUUCCUUAUAACUGCCUCGCAGACGCGCACUCCUCCAGCGUCCCCGCCGCCAAGAACCUGAUCGCACCACUGCGCCUCUUCUCCCGCCAUGCUGCCUGCGGCAAGGGCGCCUCUAACCGCCACUCCUUCUCCCCUCCUCAAGUCCGCCUCCGCCUCAGGCUCCUCAAGGCAGCCCAGGCGCUCCACGCACAGGGCCUCCGCUGCGGCCUCGCGGCCGACCGCUUCGUCGCCUGCUCGCUCGUCAGCGCCCACGGCUGA